AUGGAGUCGGAAAAAGGUGCAAUUCUGAUGAGACGGAUAAAGCAAUUACCAGCUAUUGAAACGAAGAGAUCAUGCAACGGAGAGAAUAACAAGAGCACUGAAACAAGAGAAGAAGAACCAUUGAGUCCGGCAGCUCGACUGUUUCAUGAACCAAACUUCAACGUUUACAUCAUAGCCAUAAUCGGCUUUAAGACUCCUAUCUACCCUGAAGUGGUCAAAGCUAACUUGGUGCACACUUUGCUAAAACACCCUCGCUUCUCUAGUUUGCAGGUGAGUGACGGAGAUAUGAAAUGGGUUCGCAUAGCGGUUGAUCUAGAAAAGCAUGUUAUAGUUCCGGAGCUAAACCCAAACAUGGACUCACCAGACAAGUUUGUGGAAGAUUAUGUUUACAAUCUAAGCAAAACUGGAAUUGAUAAAUCCCAACCACUUUGGGAUGUCCAUCUCUUGAACGUUGUGACCUCAGACUCCGAGGCUGUUGGCAUUUUCAGGGUCCAUCACUCUCUUGGCGAUGGCACUUCCCUCAUGUCUCUUCUUCUUGCUUGUACUCGCCAAAUCAAUCAUCCAGAGGCUUUGCCUACAAUUCCAGUGAUGAAGAAAAGGAGAAUUCAACACAACACUAAGUAUUAUGGAGUUUUUUGGAGAGUUGUUGUCGGGUUUUGGUCGGUUUUCCAGUUGUUUUGGAAUAGUAUGGUGAAUAUUAUUAUGUUUAUGGCAACGGCAUUAUUCUUGAAGGAUACAGAUAAUCCUUUCAAGGGUCCACCUGGCUUGGAAUUUACUCCGCGGAGAUUUGUUCAUCGUACUGUUAGUUUGGAUGAUUUCAAGCUGGUGAAGAAUGAAAUGAACACCACAAUUAACGAUGUUGCCCUGGGAAUCACACAAGCUGGUUUAUCGCGAUAUAUGAACAGAAUAUAUGGUGGGAGUAAGAAAGAUGAGGAACCAAGUGAAAUGAAAAAUAAUCUUCCAAAGAAUAUUAGGCUCCGAUCAGCUCUGCUCAUUAACUUAAGACCUUCAGGUAUUCAGGCGUUAGCUGAUAUGAUGGAGAAGGACAGUAAAGCAAAGUGGGGCAACUGGAUUGGUUAUGUCCUCCUUCCUUUCAAUAUUGCAAUAAGAGAUGACCCAUUAGAUUAUGUCCGCGAAGCCAAGGCCAUAGUUGACAGAAAGAAGCAUUCUCUUGAAGCUAUAUUUACUUUUUCCAUUUCUGAGAUAGUUCUCAAGCUCUUUGGUAUUAAGGCAGCAAGUUCUAUAUCCCACAAGAUUCUCUCUCGCACAACAAUGUCCUUCUCAAAUAUAGUUGGACCCCUGGAGGAAAUUGGUUAUUAUGGCCAUCCACUGGCUUACCUUGCUGCAAGUUCUUAUGGUCUGCCUCACGCACUGAUGAUCAACUUUCAAAGUUAUGUUGACAAAAUGACCAUAACUUUAUCAGUGGAUGAAGACACAAUUCCUAAUCCUCAUCAGUUGUGUGAUGAUAUCGUGGAAUCACUCAAACUUAUCAAGGAAGCUAUUUUAGGCAGAAGAUAA